ACUCCACGGACGGACGGGUCCUCGUCUCCUGGGUGCUGGCCUAGUAGAGUGGUGAAUUGCGAAAAAAACCGCUGAAAAAGUUACCCUUUUCCGCACCAUCUUUCGCUCGGCAAAUCCUGGACGGAUAUCGAGUGUGACUGGCUCCGAAGUGGUCUUCCGGUGUUCCUUGGUUAUAGAUCCCCGUUCCAGGUGUUCAAUGCAGGGGUGGAAUGUCUGGAACGGGUUUGCGUUGCGUGCCGUUUUGCGUGUGAAAAGCUGUUCCGUGGAAAAGCAUGUGCGCUUGUGUGUGUCUGGUGUGUUGGUGUUGUGUGGUGUGGCUGAAAAGUAUGCACCAGCAGCAGUAGGCCGUUAAAGCGAACACCUCAACGUAUUCCAUAUCACAAGGUGGGCCACCUCCAAUCCAACGGCCAUCCAGGGGAAAGUGAAAAGCGUGAAAAAUCUCCCGGGAAAAUCAUCAUCUUUUUCGCUUUCGUGAUUCCGUGAGUCACCAAAGCCGCAACAAUGGCCGACACGGAGUUUGAGGAGCUCCGCCAGAAUCUGGAUGCGUUGCCAACGUUCCGCAGAGCUCCGGCACCGUUCUACUCGUUGGUGGGUGACGUCGAGCUGGACCUGGAAGAUAGUCCAUCAUCGAAGAGCGAAGCCUCAGACCACGAUGAGGAGGAGGAAGAGGACGAGUGUCGGCGGUCGAGCGUCGGCACCAUGGAUGGUCUCACAUCGGUCGGCGAUCCAGUGCCGAAAGGGACCCCGAGCAAAACGCAGCAGAUCAUACAGACGAUCAGUGCGAUCAGCACGAGCAGCAGUAGCAGUACGGGCGAGGAAGACGACGAGCUCGGUGAUGGGCUGCGGACCACCGUAAGCACGGCAGGGGAUCAUCAGCGGAAAUCAUCGGCAACCGGUCAGAACCUUCACCAUCACCACAUCGAGGACUAUCAGGAGCAAUCGCUUGGUUGCGGUAGCUCCGGACCGGACAGUUUGCUCUCCGUGACACCGCACACCGCAUCGGAAGUGGACGCAGACGAAUCGACCACUAGCAAGGUUCCACCGCUCACAGGCGCCAGUACCGCCGCACCAUCGCUACCGGUCCAAGCAGGCACCGCAGCGACCAGUGCACAGCUUGCUCGGACCAGCUCACUUCCCUGGAUACCGGGUCAGGUCGAGCGACGACGGCGCAAGUUGCCGGAGAUUCCGAAGAAUCGAAAAUCUUCCGUGUUGCAGCUGCUCACCGGACAAGCGUCACUGGCGGAUGAGCUGAGUGCUAGCAGCAGCAGCAGCAAUCGUACCAGCGGCAAGCUAAACAGCAAUCCGUACACCGCGGCCCCCUCCCAUCACGGUGCGCCGGGCAGUUUCUUCAAGCAGAGCUCACUGCUUGCCCUCAAAUGUAGCUACCUGCUGGACGAGGACUCGAGCCCGGACUCGGAGCGGUUGCAGAGCCUCGGUGAUGUGGAUAGUGGCCACAGUACGGCACACUCACCGAACGACUACAAGAGCAUGUCGCCCCCGGUCCCGCAGGCGGCCUCACCGGUCACCUCACCCUUCCCACCACCGUACGGUGGUGUACCGUUCAGUCAGCUCGAGAUGCUCGAGGCAACACACCGCGCCCUGCACAAGUUCAUCCCACGGCACCACGACGAGAUCGAGAUCGAGAUCGGUGAUCCGGUGUACGUGCAGAAGGAGGCCGAGGAUCUGUGGUGCGAGGGCGUAAACCUGCGCACUGGGCGCCAAGGUAUCUUCCCCUCAGCGUACGCCGUCGAUCUCGAUUACAAUGAUUUCGAUCCGACGUCGAUCGAGAUGAAGCGCGAACGGUACCUUCUCGGUUACCUCGGUUCGGUGGAAACGAUGGCCCACAAGGGCACGGGUGUCGUGUGCCAGGCGGUCCGCAAGAUUGUCGGCAACACGACCGGCACCAGCAGUGAGUCACCGAAAGCACAACCCUGCAUACUGGAGAUCUCCGAUCAAGGCUUGCGCAUGGUCGAUCGGUCGAGGAACAAGAAAACCAAGGGCCCCUGUAUAGACUACUUCUACUCGCUGAAGAACGUGUCGUUCUGCGCGUUCCAUCCACGUGAUCACCGGUACAUCGGCUUCAUCACCAAACACCCGACGGUGCAGCGGUUCGCGUGUCACGUUUUCCAGGGAACGGAAUCCACCCGACCGGUAGCGGAGGCCGUGGGACGAGCAUUCCAGCGAUUCUACCAGAAGUUUAUAGAAACGGCAUAUCCGAUCGAAGACAUCUACAUAGAUUAAGCGAGACUGGAUGGUCUGCGUUUGGAGCAGCAUUAUCCGGAAGGAAAAAAAAACGGAAAGGACAUCCCCAGCACGAGCUCACUCAACCGUCACCGCACUCACCAACAGCAAAAAAAAAAAAAUCCCAUCACACCGACACAAACACCGCGUUGCCCCUCCAAUGGAGCCAGCUUGAAUCGUAUAGUUCAGUGUUCAGUUAUCGCUUAUCACCCCUCUAUGUUCCUUACGGGAGGUUUGCCAGGAUGCAGCACCUGGAUUGUUAAAUUGUGAGGUGAGAUGAGGCUGAAGCAGAGAGCGAGAGUGUGUUUCGGAAUGCAUUUUUGGCCGGUGCUACAGGUGCGCUCCUAUUUGCUAGGUUAAGCAACACGAAACCAAAGAAAAUCAAUGUUAGAAUUAGCUGUUUCUGCUGUUUCCUUUUCUGUAGCUUUCUGCAAUGGCUGCCCUUUUGUUUAUCAGUUGUAGAGUUGUAGCUUAAUAGUGCAAUUUCGUUCGGUUAUCGGUUAGGUAAGGGAAUCCUGCAGCAGAAUCCCAUCGACGGUAGUGCUUGAUAGAGCCAGUAAUUAGGGCACACAUUUCGGGACAGCUUUGUAGAUUGACUUUUUGUACAACCCGUUUCCUUUACUCCUUUAUCCAUCUAUAGGACAACGUUUGUGUCUUUUGCAAACGCUUCAAACUAAACAGAGGGAAACUGCAGAGAUAAAGAGAGAGAUUAAAGGCAUUCGUAUUGGACAAGUCGGUUACUUUGGCUUCUUUAGGUAUGUUCGCUCUGCCAGAUAUCGCAUUCGUUCCGUUGCGCUCAAAGGCAAGCAAUAGAGGAUCAGGAGAGGGUUCAGGUGUUCAAGCACACACAUGAGUGGAUGAGCUGCGAUUUGUGAUCGGAUGAAGGUGAGCAGAGAAAUCACGGCAAGUGAUUAACUUCGGAGGAGGCUCAGGGGAGGAUUUGGAGUGCUACAAAGAUACACAACAAUGAGUUCCAAUCUCUUGCUCUUUCCGCAUCACGUGUAUUCUGGCGCUCCUUCGAAUUCCUAUGUAAAUAUGUUAGGAUGAAAGCCGAAAAGAAAAAGAAAACAUCAGGAAUGUGGCCUAUUCACGAAAGGUUCACAAAAGAGAAAGAACGCACGUUGGGACGUUAUGGAGGAAAUGAAACUAUAUUUAUAGUACAGAAAUAGGAAUGCAAGCUAAAGCGAAAGCAUAAUAUAGGUACAGGCAAGCAAGCUGGAUCCUGCAGACAGCUCGUUUGCAUUUUGCUUUUCCAAGAAAAAUCGAAUGACUAAAAAGAAAACGGUAACCAAAUCGCUUCAACCCAACCUCUGCUAUGGGUCUGCGCAAACGUUUGAACUUUUUGCUACUUGCUACGAAUGAAUAAAUUGUGGUUGAAAGUGGUCAACGUUAAACUCUAGCUCCCUGACAACAACCUGCACCGUGCACCAUGUUCGUGUUUAAGUUUUGGCUGUUCGUUUUCCAAAAGAUCACCAUUCCAUGGUGUAGCAAGAUCGUAUGCAGAAUGCAUACGCAUCUGUUCUGUACCGUACAACAGAAGACAGAAUCGAAGGGCGAAAGGCGCCUAAAUUGCUAGUAAAAUUGACCAUACAUCAUCAUCCACGGUAACCGUACUAAGCGGCAAGUAUUAUGGGUAACAAAGAAUAAUAAAAAACACUUCAACGCAAGGACUCACACAAAAACAUACAAUACUAACAUACAAUUCGUUGUCAUGCUACUAUAAUCACUAUCUUCAGAGAGGCUAGAGUGAAAACGAGCAACAAACAUAGAGAGAGAGACGUGGUUUAAUAGAGGAUAACGAGACAAGAGGAGGAGAACAAACUCAACAGAAACCAACCAAGCACUAUACCCUUCUUUCAUACAAUAAUGCAUUUAUUCGAGCAACAAAAAAAAAGAAAUAUAAAAAGAGUGCAAAAUGAAACGCAUUACGAAAUCUCAAUAACAUCAGUUGGAAAACUUCAGCAACAAUCUAAUGAACAAUAAAGAAAAAAGAAACAAAUGCAUUCCACAUGCGAUGAGUAGCGAACGAUCUGUUCCACCUCGGAAGAACCGCGGAGGAAGGGGUCACUUUCACAUUUAAUCUACAAAAUUUAUCCAGAAAAUGGCGUUGAGUAGAGCAUUCUCUUGGGAGCGGAAAACGAUCGACGCUCGCUGAAACAUUGGCAACAACGGCAGCAACAGCAGCAGCAAACAUAAACACUACACAAAACAUGGGGAAAGGGACGCUCUCUGCAUCCCGGAAACACCGUAAGGGUUACCGGGACACACGCUGCGAUGGGUCGGUGGAAAUUGGUUUGGGGAAAGUAUUUACUAUAAUCAGGGAUAGGGAGAGCAACAGUGCUGCUGUUGACGACGAUGUUAACGGAUUGGGCGCAGCGGAUAGGAAAAGUGUCUUUAAUGCUUCUAGUGCGUACAGUAGAAGAGGGUACAAAGGGCAUGUUGCGAAUGAAAGGGAAGCAGAGCAGCGAAAAGUCAGCAGCAGCAGCAGCAGCAGUUAGAACAAUGAGAAAAGCCUAUGUUUAAAACAAAAGUGCAAAAAUGUAAACCAGCAGCAAAUAAAACUUACU